AUGAGAUUUUCAUUUGCUUUAUUAUCAUUAGCUGCUACUUCAUUAGUCUCUGCUGGUUAUUUCAAACCUACUCCUAUUGAUGAAGAUUGUUAUGAAACUGGUUUAACUUCAGUUGAUUUUGAAUUUGCUUUAGGUGUUAAAGAUUGUGAUUAUGAUUAUGAUUAUGAUAAAAGAGUUUAUGAUUUAGUUUUUGAAAUUGGUGAUGGUCAAUUAGAACAUGAUGGAUGUCACUUAAUCACUUGUGAAUCUUGUUAUCCAACUAGUACUUAUUGUCCAACUACUACUUAUUGUCCUGAUCCGGUCACUGAAGAUUGUGAAACAACUACCACUUAUUGUCCAGAUGAUUGUGAUGAUAAACAUAAACAUAAAUGGAAAAGAGGUGAAUAUUAUUCAAAAAAGGAUAAAUAUUGUGAAGUUUGUAAACCUUUCAAAGAUGUUACAUUUUUCACCUUAUGUGAUACUGUUUUUCAAGAUGAAUGUGAUGGAAUUGGUUCAAUUGUUGCUAAUCAUCAGUUCCAAGUCGAUAAACCUGUCCAAGUCGAUGCUAUAUAUACUAAAGGUUUUACCAUUGUUGAAAAAGAUGAUGAAUAUUUAUUAGCCUUAAAAGGUAAAACUAAAUUCUGGCAUUGUAAAGUUGAUGAUUGUGGUUUAUACAAAUUAUAUGAUAAAAAAAUAGCUCCACAAUGUUCCGAAAUUGAAUUAGUUAUCAUUAAAGCUAAAAAAUGUGAUGAAGAUUGUGAUGAUUAUUAG